CAAAAAUGUUUUCUUCAGCCACCGAUGCUCAUUGCACUCGCGCCGUUCGACCGGAGAAGUUGCGAAAUCUCGAAGAGAUCUUGGAAAUAAAUGUCGGUGAAUGCGGAUCUGCAGCGGGAGCGGGCGGCGGCCACGCUGGACAGCGAGGACUUUGCGCGCUGGUGGGCAGGUGGCGCCGCCCAGCUGGAGGAGCGUCGCGCCCUGGAUCGUCGCUUCUACGAGGAUCCCGAGCUCGUGGAGCCAGUGCAUCCCAGCUGUCUGUCGUACAAGGAGCGCUACGAGCAGACCGUCGCUCGGUCCACUCGAUUUCUGGCCAAGCUGCGGGAAUGGCAGCGGGAGAAGCAGCCGCAGCUGCAGCUCAGCGUGAAUAUGCUGAGGGAUUUCCGGCUGCUGCUCUCCGGCUCCCUGGGCACUGGGCUCUUCCAGCAGAGCUUCCCGCUGCGCGUGCACUUCUCCAUGUUCAUGACCACCCUUCUGGGCCAGGGCACCGAGGAGCAGCAGGCCCAGUGGCUGAAUCGCGCCUGGCACAUGGACGGCGUAGUGGGGACCUACGCCCAGACGGAACUGGGCCAUGGAACCUUCAUUCGCGGAUUAGAAACCCGGGCUGAUUACGACGUGGAGCGGCAGGAGUUCGUCCUGAACACGCCCUCGCAGAGUGCCUACAAGUGGUGGCCCGGCGGACUGGGCAACACGGCCAACGUGGCCAUCGUCCUGGCCCAGCUGUAUGUCCGGGGCAAGCACUACGGCCUGCAGUCGUUUCUGGUGAGGAUUCGGGACGAGCGCAGCCACGAGCCGCUGCCCGGCGUCGAUGUGGGCGAUAUAGGACCUCGUUUGGGAGGGAAUGGGGUGAACAACGGCUUCCUGGGGCUCCACGAUGUGCGCAUUCCGCGCAAUCAGAUGCUGGCGAAGAACGCCCAGGUCCUCGCCGACGGAACCUUCGUCCAGGGACGACCGCCGCUGCUGCUCUACGGCACCAUGGUCUACGUAAGGGUCAUCACCCUCAAGGAUGUGCUCUUUGGACUGCUGCAGGCCGCCACCAUCGCCACCAGGUACUCCGUGGUGCGUCGCCAGAGCCGAAUCGACGGGGAUCAGCCGGAGGUGUCUGUCCUGGACCACGUGACGCAGCAGGCAAAGGUCCUGCCGCAGAUUGCGCGCGGAGUGUCGUAUCGCCUCGUUUCCGACUGGCUGUGGCGCUUCUACGAGCAGGUGCUCGGCCAAUUGGAGGACAAUCAGGCUGCCGGAGGCGGUCGCAACUCGCUGCCGGAGCUGCACGCCCUGAGCUGCUGCCUGAAGGCGGUGGCCACCGACGAGGCCAGCGAGGGCGUGGAUCUGCUGCGCAAGAGCUGCGGCGGCCACGGGUUCCUCUCCUCCGCCAAUUUCGACAGCAUCUACGGCCUGACGGCCGCCGCCUACACCUACGAGGGCGAGUACACGGUGCUCCUGCUGCAAACGGCGCGCUUCCUCGUCCGCCAGUAUGUGGACAGCCUGAAGCGCAAGGUCCUGCCGCCGAGUGUCUCCUACUUGCGCGACACGGCGCGUCUCGUUUGGGGCAAGAACCUCGCGGCGAACUGUGUGCGAGCCCUCGAGAUUUCCGCUUUGGAGCAGGUGCGUCAGGCCUGGCAGAGCCAGCGAACCCAUCAGUCCAGCAGGGUGAGUGCCGAGAUGGCGGCCAACCUCUCCGGCAGGCAGCUCACCGCGGCGGCCAUCGCCCACGCCCACGCCUUCUUCACCAGAAAUGCUAUGGAUGAGUUGGAAGGCCUUCGCCGGAAGGGCGGCGAUCUGGAACCGCAGGUGUCCCUCGUGGUGGGUCAGCUGGUGGAGCUCUUCGUCCUGGACACCUUCCUGCGGCAGGCGGGCUGUGUGCUGCGCUGGAACGGCGGCAUCACCGGCACCCAGCUGCGCUUCGUGGAGCGGCGCUACGAGGAGCUGCUGGCCCAGCUGCGUCCCAAUGCGGUGGCCCUGGUGGACGGCUUCGACUUCCACGAUCGCGUCCUCGGCUCCACGCUGGGCUGCCACGACGGUCGGGUGUACGAGCGGCUGAUGGAGGAGGCGCGCCGCAAUCCGCUCAACCAGGAGCCCGUCAACUCGUCCUUCUACAGCCACAUGUUGCCCAUGAUGCGGGGAAAGCUGUGA